GGCGGGCGCGGACACGCGCGGCGGCGGCGGCGCGUUCCGUUCCGGGCCAACGCUGGCGGCGGAAAAGUUGCCGGGCGGAGAGGAGCAGCCCCGGGACGGGCAGAGAGCGCGACGCGGAGCCGGCUCCCGGCCCUGGCUGCCCCGCCAUGGACGACCUCGACGCCCUGCUGGCAGACUUGGAGUCCACCACCUCCCACAUCUCCAAGCGGCCUGUGUUUUUGUCCGAGGAGCCCCCCUACUCCUACCCAACUGGAAACCACACCUACCAGGAGAUUGCAGUGCCACCCCCUGUCCCUCCACCCCCAUCAAGCGAGGCCCUCAAUGGCACAGUCCUUGACCCCUUAGACCAGUGGCAGUCCAGUGGCUCCCGACUCAUUCACCAGCAGCCUCCAUCCCCAUCACCUGUGUACGGCUCCAGUGCCAAAACUUCCGGUGCCUCCAACCCCCAGGACGGUGUUGGUUCUCCGUGCUCACGAGCAAGUGAGGAGGAGCACGUCUACAGCUUCCCCAACAAGCAGAAGUCAGCCGAGCCUUCACCCACCGUAAUGAGCUCCUCCCUGGGCAGCAACCUUUCUGAACUUGACCGUCUGCUGCUAGAACUGAAUGCUGUGCAGCAUAAUUCUCCAGGCUUCCCUGCAGAGGAGACCAACACAAGCCCUCCACUCCCGGGGGCCCUGAGCCCUCACUAUGGCAUCCCAGAGAACAACAGUCCCGUGGGAGUCAAAGCUGGGCCCCUGACAAAAGAGAAGCCCAAGCGGAACGGGAGCCGGGGCCUGGAGGACGUUCGGCCUAGUGUGGAGAGUCUCUUGGAUGAACUGGAGAGCUCUGUGCCUAGCCCUGUCCCGGCCAUCACUGUGAACCAGGGCGAGAUGAGCAGCCCACAGAGAGUCACCUCCAGCCAGCAGCAGACGCGCAUCUCGGCCUCCUCUGCCACCAGGGAGCUGGACGAGCUGAUGGCCUCGCUGUCAGAUUUUAAGACCACUUCCUCUGCUGUGGCCCUGCGUUCCCUGGGGCUGCCCUGCCCAGCUCCAUCCCCACUCCAUACCGCUCCUCCUCCUUCUCCUCCCCUGCCUUCUGUACUCCUGCCAUCCACCUCUAAACCCACCCCUCAAGGCCAACACCACACCCCAGAAGUUCUCUGCACUGAAGAAAAUAGACAGGGUCUUCCACCUCCUGUGGCCCCCAGCUGGCUUGACUUGGCUGGCUUCAGGGUGACACGUGACACCUGCAACUCAAGCUCUCCCUCUGUGGAGGGUCCUCCGGGGUCAUUUUGUGCAGAGAGCCAGGAUGGAGUUAGGAAGGACCUGCUGAACCCUAUGAGUGAGCCUUCUAGGGCUCCCCUCUGCCGUACUCCAUCCCCUGCUGGGAGCACAGGGUCCCAGGAGCCUGGAGGUCCCUGGGGGCCACCAGCUAACACUUUGUGUUCAGAGGCAGCUGAGAUUGCCACUUGGGAAUGGCCAUGGGCUUUGGAGGUAUCCAGGACUGAAGCUUCCCGUGGAGCUGCUUGUGACUCUCAGGAGCCACCUGUGGUGGCCGUGGACCGUCAGGCCGUCUUCCCAGAUACCUGGACUCUCACAGAGGACUAUGGCGAGCAGAAGGGGAGAUCCAGGCCAGAGCCAAGGGUGCUGGGAAGCAGCUGCUCUGCCCCGGUUCACAAGGAGCAGUUAAAUGGAGAGAUGCCCCACAGGGGAACCCUGAGGGAGCCAACCCAGGACCCUGAGACCCCAAGGAGCCCUGAGGGCACCACUGAAGCUGUUUCCAAGGCCAGGAAGGAUCAGCUGGAGCUUCCGCAUGCCAUGGUCACGGGCACAGCCAAAACUACGGAGAGGAUUUCCACCUCUGGCCAGAUCCGCUCUGUGAUCAGGAGGAGCCGGGAGACGGGCCACGCGCACCCCAUGUCCCGGGAGCCCUCUCCUCGCCGCCGGCUGGACCCCGCCACCCUGAGCAGGACCCCAUCUCAGGAGCAGCUAAUCGCAGAGCUGCAGGGCCGGCUGGGCAUCCAGCCGGAGGUGGAGGAGGUCGCGGGGCCACCAGGGCCCUCCACGCAGGACUGGCUGACCGAGGGUGUCGUCAUCACCGUGCAGUCACGCGGGAGGCGGGCUGGGGGGCAGCUGGUAGAGAAGGUUGUCUUCCCUCCCGACUCUCCCAUUCCCCUCAGAAGAACCAUCUCUGUUCUGGCUCCUCCUUCUGUCCCUUUGCCGCAGCAUCUCCAGGACGCCUCGGCCAGCAGCUCUUCUCCCCUAUCCUCUUCCUCCCCUCUGGGGUCCUCAGCUCGUACCCAUGGUUCUCCUGGGGUCCAGAGUGCGGGGGAAGCACCCCGUGAUGAGGAUGGGCAGGGCGCCACCUCUCCCACUCGCACAGCCCACACUGUGAGGUCCGUGGGCUGUCAGACCGACGAGGACCCACUCUUCUCCCCGAUGCAGAUGCACAGCCUGGAACAAAGAGCGGAUGGAGAGUGGCACUCCAGCUGGCCUCCAGGGGGCAGGCAGAGCAGCCCUGAAGGGCAGGACGAGGGAGGGUUCAUGGCUCAGGGGAAGACUGGGAGCAGCUCACCCCCCGGGGGACCCCCAAAGCCUGGGAGCCAGCUGGACAGCAUGCUGGGGAGCCUACAGUCUGACCUGAACAAGUUGGGGGUCGCCACGGUUGCCAAAGGAGUCUGCGGGGCCUGCAAGAAGCCCAUCGCCGGGCAGGUUGUGACUGCCAUGGGGAAGACUUGGCACCCUGAACACUUUGUCUGCACCCACUGCCAGGAAGAGAUCGGAUCCCGGAACUUCUUCGAGCGGGAUGGACAGCCCUACUGUGAAAAGGACUAUCACAACCUCUUCUCCCCACGCUGCUACUACUGCAACGGUCCCAUCCUGGAUAAAGUGGUGACGGCCCUUGACCGGACUUGGCAUCCUGAGCACUUCUUUUGUGCCCAAUGUGGAGCCUUCUUUGGUCCUGAAGGGUUCCAUGAGAAGGAUGGCAAGGCCUAUUGCCGAAAGGAUUAUUUUGACAUGUUUGCGCCCAAGUGUGGUGGCUGUGCCCGGGCCAUCCUGGAGAACUACAUCUCAGCCCUCAACACCCUUUGGCAUCCUGAGUGCUUUGUGUGCCGGGAAUGCUUCACACCUUUCAUCAACGGCAGCUUCUUUGAGCAUGACGGGCAGCCGUACUGCGAGGUGCACUACCAUGAGCGGCGCGGCUCGCUGUGCUCUGGCUGCCAGAAGCCCAUCACGGGGCGCUGCAUCACCGCCAUGGCCAAGAAGUUCCACCCGGAGCACUUUGUCUGUGCCUUCUGCCUCAAGCAGCUGAACAAGGGCACCUUCAAGGAGCAAAAUGACAAGCCUUACUGCCAGAACUGCUUCCUCAAGCUCUUCUGCUAGGCGUCCCUUCCCCAGCCCCGCCGCCCUGACUGCUACUGUGACCCAGAGACGUGGAAACUGGAACCCUCAUCCUCAGCUGGCACAGGAUGGGACAAGGGGCAUGGGGGUCCUGUGUGCUUCUCUAGCCCCCACCAAAGCCUUGGGCCUCCCUUCUCUUCCUACAGCUCUCCCCAGGCUGCCCACUCCUCAUCCUCCUGGAGGUGGAGGCUGGGGGCUCCAUCCCACCUGACAUGUGUCCCCAUGAACCUGCCCGGCCUGGCCAGCAACCCACACUGGAGCCAUCUUGUACUCCGAUUUCAGCAGCAGAGCUUGGGAGGGAAGGGCCGGCAGGGUUACAUGGAGUCUCUUUUUAUCCUUAUCCCCUCAAACCACAGUCUAACUGUCCUGAGAGAAUUGGGGGGUUCCCUGCUCCCUCCAAACAAUGCCAGCAUAAACCCAUCCAUCCAAGGGUGGAAGUGCUCAAGGGACUGCAGGUUUCUUGGGCUCUCGCCUUCCAGUCUCCCCAGGCCUGGGUGACUGUCCCCUUUCCCAACUGCCUCUUUUAUAACUGCUCCAGUUCUACUGAGAAAGGCCUCUCCAGCAAUAAUGUUUUAUAGCCACUUCCUCCAUCUCCCAGGACAGCACCCAUGGGGAGUGUCGCCUGGGCCUGGACACUGUACCGACUUUGAUAGAUUUCUACACUGAGGUUUGAAUUAUGUCACCCAAGUUGCUUUUAUUUCUCGAUACAAGAUGAUUUUGAAGAGAUUUUAAAGACGUUCCCUUUUAUAUUCUCCUCCUCCUCAUCCACUGCUGCUGGUCCUGUCAGUGACCAUGGCUUUGGCUUGGAGUUUGCUUUGUACCGGGUCGGGGAGCAAUUUGUAUUUUAUUUUUUUCUUGGCGUAAGCAGGUGAACUGGGAGCAGCUCUGUGACUCUUCUUCUGUAACUUCAUGGCUCACCAGGACUGUUUUAUAAACUGCUGUAUUUUGAAACCCCUUCCUUUCUGCCCAGGCCAGCAGCUCUUAAUUCAAACUGGCCUGAGUGUGUCUGACCCUUUGGGACCUGGAAUUCUGAACCUCAUCUGUCCUGUUCCUAAGGGAGGAGAAGGGGAAAGUAUACUUGGGGGGCUGCUUCCUGUCUGAGUAGGAGCUUUUUGGCAACAAAGAACCCACUGAACAUUCUCGGCCUCCUCACUACUUCUCCAGGGCUUUCUCCUGUCUUCUCAGGAAAAAUUGGUUUCUGAUUUUGACCAUGAAGACCAUAAAUGUCUCUUUGGUCUUAUUGAUUCCACUGGGCAUAUUCCUUCCUCAAAUUUCCUGCCCUCCCUGGAGACUGGCACAGGUUCCUCCCCCUUUACAGGGGUGAUUGGCACUUCAAUUUGGGAAGAAGGCCCCAGGUUGGUGCAAGGGAGCCUGAGAGGAUUUGGGGCAGAGGGACAGGGUCCUGCUGAAGCGACAGGAAGCCCCAGAGCUCUUUCCCAGGAUAAAGCAGGAGCAGGCAGGCCUGGGUUUCCUGGUCAAGGGCAAGGGACCCCAGAGUGGUCUACUGGGAGGGAUUCAGACCGGUCCACAGGCCUCCCAGCACAGGCUGAGUAUGCUGCGGUCCCAGAAGAGGAUCUUUUCCUCUGGGCUGGCCUGGGAGCUGCCUAGGUCUGGGAGGUCCUCCAAAGGUCUGACAUCUCCACGCCCACCACAGGCCUUACUGCUCUGUUUACAAUGACCCACUCCAGGUCCCUCCCCAAGAGGGACUGGGGUUUCUGGGAGUCAACCCUCUGGGUCAAUGGUUAUUUGAUCAUUUGAUUUUUUUUUUUCUCUAUAAACUUCUAACCUGGCCUUUUCCAUUUCAAUUCCUGUGAUUCAUGCCAAUAAAGUGUGCCAUUAUUUUCA